AUGGCCAACCAGGAGCCCGAAAUCUGGAUAGGAUACACCAAAAACGGCCGCAACUACCUCGACAAGCAAGCCAAAGCACUCAACACGGAACAGCAAACACGCUAUCUUAGCGAGUUCUACAUGCUACGCUUCAGCGUGAGGGAGCGUGUCAUGCUGCGUUGGCUGUGGUGCCAGAGACCUGUCAUUCAGAUAUGCGAGGUCAUGACGGCCAACGCCCAAAGAUGCAUCUUCCCUUUGGAGGUGCACUUCGAAGACAUCGAGACGUCACAUGCGCUAUCGGCUGCUUUGCUGCGACCGGGGCUACUACGUGAGAGUGGGAGGAUGUUCCACGAAACGGGGUCGUUCGACGUGGAGAACACAGAGGCAUCGCCGAAGCGGAAAGUCUUGUGCAUCGGCCAUGUCGUCGACAAGAGGUAUCUGGUGUGGCCACUAGCCUUAUCCUUCGCCAUUGCGACAGUCGUAGCGGUCAUCGCAGGAAUCGCAACACGCAGCGUAUCGUCGGGCGCGGAAUUGGGAGGUUUCAUAGGAGUCGGUGUCGUAUUGUCAUGGUCGUACAUCUUGUGGCUCCUAGGAUAG